UUCUGGUAUGGUAGAAUAUUGUUUUGGUGUUUGUUAAAUCGAGUACAACUCGGAUGCAAGUUAAUCGUACAUAAUAAUUUUAUAGAACGAUUUGUUAUCAUUAUUGCAUCGUAAUGUCUGCCCUGUUUAACUUUCAGAGCCUGCUAACAGUAAUUUUAUUACUGAUAUGCUCCUGUACUUAUCUUAGACAUACCGUGCCCAGUUUGUUGGACAAUCGAUUAGGAAAAGUCGGUUUUCAAGGUACUCUUUGGAAGUGUGCUAGGAUCGGCGAGAGAAAAAGCCCGUACGUGGCAGCGAGUUGUCUUCUUAUGGCAUUCAAUAUCUUAUUUUGGAACUGAAAAGUAUCUUCGUCGAAUAACCGUAUAUUUAUUGU